GUUACAGCACUGGCCUGGCUCUCAAUGCACAAACCCCUCCUUCGCCCGACCCCAGUGCCCCCUCACGCUGCUAUGCCCAUCUCCCCAUCCCCAGAGCACAUCCAGAGGAAGGACUGCCUGUCCCAGUAGGAAUGCCUGUUCGGGCCUGGCACCUGCCUUUGCCCACGGCUGCUCCCACACCUUUCGCCAUUCCACCCCCCCACCACCUCUCGCAGGCUGCUCCAUCAUGAACGAUGAGGUCAUCAGCACUAACGCACUGGCCUGGCUGGUCUGCUCAGGAGUGUCCAUCCUGGCCAACGCCUGGGGGAUCCUGAGCGUGAGCGCGAAACAGAAGAAGUGGAAGCCCCUUGAGUUCCUCAUUUGCACACUGGCUGGCACGCACAUCCUCAAUAUGGGCAUCCCCAUCACCAUGUACUGCGUCAUUCAGCUUCGCAGGCAACAUUCCAACUAUGAGUGGAACGAAGGACUCUGCAAAGUCUUUGUCUCCACGUUCUACACCCUUACCCUGGUCACCUGCUUUUCAGUCACUUCCCUGUCCUACCACCGCAUGUGGAUGGUCCGCUGGCCUGUCAACUAUAGGUUGAGUAACACCAAGAAGCAGGCUGUCCAUACUGUGAUGGGGAUCUGGAUGGUGUCAUUCAUUCUGUCCACCUUGCCCGCUGUGGGCUGGCACGAUACCACAGAGCGAUUUUACACCCAAGAUAACUGUCGCUUCAUUGUGACUGAGAUUGGCUUAGGCUUUGGCGUCUGCUUCCUGCUGCUGAUCAGCGGGAGUGUGGUAAUGGGCGUCAUCUGCAUUGGAAUUGCCCUCUUCCAGACCUUUUCCAUCCAGAUGGGCCAAAAUGUAGACAAGAACAAAUUUAACGUGCCCACUAUCGUAGUGGAGGAUGCUCAGGGCAAGAGGCGCUCGUCUAUUGAUGGCUCGGAGCCCAUAAAGACAUCGCUGCAGAUCACCUAUCUGAUCAGUGGAAUAGUUUUCAUAUACGACUUUCUAACUGGAUUCCCCAUAUUGGUGGUGAGCUUUGCCAGCCUGAAAUUUGACCGCUCCUACAGCUGGAUGGUCCUGUGUGUGCUGUGGUGCUCCAUAGCACAGUCCAUCCUCCUCCCCAUGUUCCUGUGGGCCUGUGACCGUUACAGGGCAGACGUCAAGAUGGUCUGGGAGAAAUGUGUGGCCAUCAUGUCCAACGAUGAAGUGGAUGAAGAAAACAGCCAGGAUGGAGGCAUUCAUCCGGACUUAAUAUUUGACAGACCGUUUGACUAUAGCUCCGCUGGUGAUAUCAUGACGGUAGAGCGUAUUGCCAAGUACGAAUUCUCAACCUUAGAAAGGGGGGGCUAUCCAUUGAGGGAGCUUCAGGAAGAUAAAAUGCACUAUUUGCAGGUGCCCCCUACAAGAAGAUACUCCCACGACGAAACCGACAUGUGGACCACCGGUCAGAUCCCGUCCUACCUGCAUCGCUGGGGCUCCACAGAGGACAUCAUCGGCAUCCCGCAAUACAACUCGCCGCGCCACGAGAGGCGUCGGAGCAGCCCGGCCUCCUACCGCGAGGAGAACCACCCGCACCGCAAGAGGAGGCGAUCCGAGGACAUGCAUUCGCUCAAGCAGAUUCCCCGAGUCGAGCGUUAUGAGGACAAUUUCAAGUGUUUUAGCCGCGAUGAAGUGAUUAAUUUCAUCGACGAGACACCAUUGGCCAGUCCAAUGAGGAGCCCGCGGCGAGCUUCUGCCAUCUCUCUGAUCCCAGAGUCAUUCCAGCAGCACAUCGUCUUGUUGCCACACUUCCCACUAACACACUUUGAGCGCGAACCUCAAGUGUUGAGACGCUGCUCAGGAGCCAUGAUAUCUGAGAUCCCUCAGGAUACGCAGAGGAAGGCCAAAGAUGGCAGUGCAGCCGGCGAAGCUUCUGGUGUUAAGGGAUGCCUUGAACGCAGGCAUGAUGCUAAGAAUGCACCAGAGCUGGUUCCAUUGGGUGCACGGACUGGGGAUCAAUCUUCUCCAAGUAUUAGGACAGGACAGGUAAACGCAUCUUGGGUGGACCACAAACACCUGUCAAAAGGUGAAAGCAAAGGAAGCACAAAUAGUUUUAUAAGCUCACAAUCUGCAUCGUCUGGCUAUAUCACUUUUCACUCGGAAUCUAUCGGAUCCACACACUAAGGAACAGUUGUUGUUUUUUUUGGAGUAUUUUAAAAUAGUCCCUGAUAUGUUUAUUAGUAUUACAGCUUUGACUAUGUGGAAUGUUUUGUAAUCUAGGAAUUGGCCGUUUUGAGAUGUGGUUUUGGGAUUGGGAUAUCUUUAUUGCCUUGUUGUGUGUUACUGAUGCAAGGCUAGAUUUUGGGAUUGGAGGUCAAGCCGAGUGGCAGGUAAGUGUCUUGAAGUCAGCACUUAUGUAAUGUGAGAUAUCAUAUAUAUAAUUGUUUUAAUUAAUUAAAUUGUAUUCAUUUUUUAACCAAAGUACCACUAGAAGUUAAAAUAUUUCUCAAGUAUUUUUUAUAUUUCCUACAUUCAUGGUUAUAUAUAUAUUACAAUUUAGCCCAAAUUGCCCUUCUCUCAUACAUAUAUAGGGGAACGGAGUCAUCCAAAGACUUGUGCCCAGCAGGAAAUGAUGAUCCAGAUGACUCUGUAGUGAAAUAGCACUUUUUUUGUUUGUGGGAGAAUUGAUAUUUCAGUAAACAGAUAUCUGAAUCAUUUUAUUCUCUCCGUUUAAUGAAACCUCAAAGGUCAACUUGGCAGUGGAACUGUUUACUUAGAGUUUCUUUUCAACACUUCAGCUCACAGAGCUUUUUAGCUAACUCUUUAACUGUGUUUUUGUUGUUUCUGAUGGUGUGGCAUGUUUCUUUUCAAGUAAACAAAAGAGAUAUUUGUUAUAUUGUUUAAAUCCAUAUUUUUAAAGCACAAGGUUCUCUUUGUAAUCCAGACGUGAUUGCCAAAAGGCAAAAAAAAUGUUUCAUUUCACAGAUAUGUUUUUAAAUGAGUUUGUGUUAAGUGCUUUGUGAUGAUUGAAAAUGUAUAUCUGAUGCAUUGUUAUUCUCAUGAUUACAGUCUUAUUUGUCUGGUAGCCCGUAAAACAGUUUGAUAUGACACUAUUUAAAAGCACCCACAGCCUGCAGGCAACAUGCACUUUUUUAUUUUAUUACAAAAUAAGUGACAUCAUCUUUUUGUCGUGUGGAGGAAAGGAUCUUUUUGAAAGCUGGUGUAAUUUUAUUUGAUGGGGGAGGCAUAACCACUCAAUUAGAAUUGGAUAUUUGAUGUAGUAUGUUAUGUUGUGUAUGACCGCAUUUUCCACACAUUUUACCCCAAGAUUUUUAAUCAAUAUAUAUAUAAAAUAUCUGUUUACUGCCAACAUGCACUUUUAUACAUUUUAUACAGCCAGAUAUUGGUGUUGAAAUAUAAAAUGGUGCUUGAUAUUAGGCAGCUUUGUUAGGAUCCCCAAGAACAUUCUUUAAAUUUCAUGUGGGAGCCUGCAGAUUGCCCUCAUAAUCUAAUAUACAUACAAAAGGACCAUCAAUGAGUCUUCCUCCUCCUAUACUCUGGGUGACUGUAAAAAAAUGUUGUUUCCUUAAAUUCAUUGGCUUUUGAAGACAGAAUCAUAUUUUAUCAUAAUUGGGAUGGUAUU